UGCCAGCCAUCCGGUCCCCACCCUGGUGACAUCCUCCUCUCACUCCGAGUGGGAUGGAGUAGGGAAUCUGGGGAGGGGGCUAGCUGAGAGUGGUCAGGGCAGCUCCAGCCCUUUGUGGCCCCUCCCCUCCCAUGGGGCCAUCCAGUCCCUUCCUUAGGGCUGCUCUUCCUAUGGCCUCUGACCCCCUCCUUCUUAGGCUGCAUUGCGGGCGCACCCAGUGCCCAUUAAGUCCCUUUCCCAAACCUCCAAGGAGAAGGGGCGUGGGAGGAGGAGAAGAACAGGGAACUGGAAAGGGUGGUGAGAAAUAAAGACACCAGACAGAGGAAUACACACACACACAGAGGCCGACAGACAGAAACUGAGAGCCUGAAACAGAGACAGAGAGAAACAGAGACCAAGAGACAGAAAGAAAUAAAGACGGACAGAGAGUGGGAAAGAGACUAACUCACUGAGUCAGAAAUACAAAAAGAGAGAGAGACAGAAAAGGAAAGAGAAAUAGACAGAAAAUUAGACACCAAAGCAAUACAGGAAGAAAGACAGGCUGAGAGAGAGACUGAGAAAGGAGAGACAAGGCGGACAGAGUGUGCCAGCUGGCGGAAUGGAGGGUCGCCUGGCACGCCAGAGGUAGUGGCCCCAGCCCGCUGAGCCGGGUAGGCAGAGAGAAGCCGGAGCCUCAGCGGGGGUGAGGGGGCAUGGGAGGGGCGGGCGUGCUGCUGCUGCUGCUGGCUGGAGCUGGCGUGGGGGUGGCCUGGAGACCACCAAAGGGAAAGUGUCCUCUGAGCUGCUCCUGCUCCAAGGAUAGUGCCCUGUGUGAGGGCUCUCCGGACCUGCCCGAGAACUUCUCCCCAACCCUGCUGUCACUCUCAUUCGUUAGGACUGGAGUCACCCAACUGAAGGCCGGCAGCUUCCUGAGGGUGCCCACGCUGCACCUGCUCCUCUUCACAUCCAACUCCUUCUCCGUGAUUGAGGACGAUGCAUUUGCGGGUCUGUCCCACCUGCAGUACCUCUUCAUUGAGGACAAUGAGAUUGGCUCCAUCUCUAAGAACGCUCUCAGAGGACUCCGCUCGCUCACACACCUGAGCCUGGCCAAUAAUAACCUCGAGACCCUCCCCAGAUUUCUCUUCCGAGGCCUGGAGACCCUAACUCACGUGGACCUCCGCGGGAACCCGUUCCAGUGUGACUGCCGUGUCCUCUGGCUGCUACAGUGGACGCCCACCGUGAAUGCCAGCGUGGGGACGGGGGCCUGCGCCGGCCCCCCUGCUCUGGCCCACAUGCAGCUGCGCCACCUCGACCCCAAGACGUUCAAGUGCAGAGCCAUAGAGCUGUCCUGGUUCCAGACGGUUGGGGAGUCGGCACUGGGCGUGGAGUCUUUCUCCUACCAGGGGGAGCCCCACAUCGUCCUGGCGCAGCCCUUUGCAGGCCGCUGCCUGAUCCUCACCUGGGACUACAGCCUACAGCGCUUCCGGCCUGAGGAAGAGCUGUCCGCGCCCUCGGUGGUGUCCUGCAAGCCACUGGUGCUGGGCCUGCGCCUCUUCAUGCUGGCCGCCCGCCUGUGGGGGGGCUCGCAGCUGUGGGCCCGGCCCAGCCCCGGCCUGCGCCUCGCCCCCACGCAGGCCCUGGCCCCGCGGCGCCUGCUGCGGCCCAACGACGCCGAGCUCCUGUGGCUGGACGGGCAGCCCUGCUUCGUGGUGGCCGACGCCUCCAAGGCGGGCAGCACCACGCUGCUGUGCCAGGACGGGCCCGGCUUCUACCCCCGCCAGAGCCUGCAUGCCUGGCACCGGGACACGGACGCCGAGGCCCUGGAGCUGGACGGCCGGCCCCAUCUGCUGCUGGCCUCUGCCUCCCAGCGGCCCGUGCUCUUCCAGUGGCUCGGCGGCCGCUUCGAGAGGCGCACGGACAUCCCCGAGGCGGAGGACGUCUAUGCCACACGCCAUUUCCAGGCCGGGGGCGAUGUGUUCCUGUGCCUGACACGCUACAUCGGGGACUCCAUGGUCAUGCGCUGGGAUGGCUCCAUGUUCCGCCUCCUGCAGCAACUUCCCUCACGUGGUGCCCACGUCUUCCAGCCACUGCUCAUCGCCAGGGACCAGCUGGCCAUCCUGGGCAGCGACUUCGCUUUCAGCCAGGUCUUUCACCUUGAGCCUGACAAGGGGCUCCUGGAACCUCUACAGGAGCUGGGGCCCCCAGCCUUGGUGGCCCCUCGUGCCUUUGCUCACAUCACCAUAGCCGGCAGACGCUUCCUCUUUGCGGCUUGCUUCAAAGGCCCCACACAGAUAUACCAGCAUCACGAGUUAGACCUCAGUGCCUGAGACCCCACAGGACCUUGGUCAUGGCCGGGAGGGCCUUAGGGAGCACUGACUGGCACAGAGAGUCCCAGGCCUCUGGAUACCCACUUGACAGGGAGCCUGGAAGAGAUGAUGGAUCAGUUUGUGAGAGCAGAUGGAGUUUUCUCCCCAAGACACCGGCCUCCUGGCCCUACUCGGGCUGAUGCUACCUGUGAGGUCCUGACCAGAGGCCAAAUUCAAGGCAAGAGCUGUCCUUCCAGUCUUUAAGCAACAUCUCAGCUGGAGGCUCAUGUCCCCACUAGAGAUGACUUGGGAGCUCAGGCUGGGGCGCUGCAAGGAGCCAGGAUACAAUAGUCAUGGUGGGGAUAAUGUGCAGAACUCCUUGCGGUCUGGAAGUGCGCCCCCUCAACCCACUCCCACCGUUUCUGCUCCCUGAGAAAGUACUGAGGAAGAGACAGCUUUCCUUUCCCUCUAAACUCAAUCUGGCCAAUCGCUUUGGUGCCCGCCUUCGUGACGUCAUCAGUCGCUGGGCCGGUUUCCCAGCCGGGCUUGCUAACUUCCUCUGCUGCUUGUGCGCAUGCCUGCUGCCCGGGCGGAAGACCAGCAUGUUGGCCCUCUUGCGCAUGCGCGGGAAAUAGGCGGGAAAGUGGGAAAUAGGUAGGAAAGCAGGAGCUGUUGUGGGGAGCCCGGCUGCACAUAUCCGAUGAGGGACAGGGGAGAGGAGAGAAAGUGUAUGAGCUCAAUAAACGCGCUGUGCAGCUGC